CUUCGCGAUAGGCGCUUCCAUCGAGCCGCGCAAGUGUGUGAAGGCUACACCACCAUCACCAUCACCAUCAUCAUCAUCAUCGUCGUCGUCGUCCUCGCGGGGGUGUGUGGUCGAGGGAGGGGUUAUAGCGGUCACGUGGUCGCGGGUGGUAUCUCGAGCCGCGGGCAGUAAAAAGAUGUGGAGGAGGAAAAGAGCUCCAGAACAAAGAGCAGAGCAGAACCACCGAACGGAACCAGGAUGUGGACUCCGUCAGCCUUCACGUGCGUCUUGGCGCUGCAACUCCUGCAGACCGCGCUCUGUGUUCCGGCCCGGAGGGGCAGCAGGUACCCGACAGCACCGGUCUCUGACAAGCACCCCGACCCGAAGAGGCGAGGACGGGCUCCUCACGCAGUUCUGAAAGAUCCGGGCCUGACCCUCAACAGCUCGGGAUCCUGGGACCGACCUCGCUGUGGUGUCCCAGACUUCCCCACCCAGAGGGAGGUGGUUUACCGACACCGGCAGCGCCGCUUCGUGCUGUAUGGUGGGCGCCUGGAGAAGAACGACCUCACCUACAGGAUUGUUCGCUUCCCGUGGCAGAUGGGUGAGGAGAAGGUUCGGCGGGUUUUCCGUGAAGCUCUGAAGAUCUGGAGCGACGUGACUCCGCUGACCUUCACAGAGGUCCACAGCGGGAAAGCCGACAUCCGGAUCGACUUCACCAGGUACUGGCACGGUGACAGCCUGCCCUUUGACGGCCCGGGUGGGAUCCUGGCUCACGCCUUCUUCCCCAAAACACACCGCCAGGGCGACAUUCACUUCGACUACGAUGAGUCCUGGACACUGGGCAACCACAUGGGUGAGCAGGGCUCGGGUCACCCUAGUGCCACGUCACCCUCUAUGGCUCCUCACCAUGGUAACCACCGACCCCUCUCUGCAGGCACUGACCUCCUGCAGGUGGCGGCGCACGAGUUCGGGCAUGUGCUGGGACUGCAGCACUCACGGGAGCCGGGCGCCAUCAUGUCGGCGUACUACUCCUUCUCGUACCCGCUGAGGCUGAGUGAUGACGACAAGCGCGGGAUCCAGUAUCUGUACGGGACGCACCCCCGCGUCGUGCCCACCCCCCCUCCGCCACCACCGCCGCCAUCCAAUCCCGAGACCAACGAGAUCCUCGCCAACCCGGACGCUUGCCUGUCCGAUUUUGACGCCGCCUCCAUGAUCCGCGGCGAGCUCUUCUUCUUCAAGUCGGGGUACGUGUGGCGGAUCCGGGACGGGCGGCUGGAGAGCGGCUACCCAGCACUGGCGUCCCGUCACUGGACGGGGAUCCCUGACAACGUGGACGCUGCCUUCGAGGACAAGGCCGGGAACAUCUGGUUCUUCCAGGGUGAGAACUACUGGGUGUUUGAUGCAGAGAUGCAGGUCCGAGGUCCGGAGUCCAUCAGGGUUCUGGGUCUGAAUGUGCCAGGGAUCCAGGCGGCCCUGCGCUGGGGUCAUGACCCAGACUACAACAUCUACUUCUUCAGGUCGGGCAGCUACUGGAGGUUCAGCCCGACUCAGAACCGGGUUGACUCAGUCUACGCCCGCAGCAUGCAGGACUGGAGUGGGAUCCCGGAUGACGUGGACGCCGCCUUCAGGGACAUUUACGGCUACGCCCACUUCGUCCGGGGCCAUCAGUACUGGAAGUUCGACCCAGUCGGGAUGAACUCUCUGGAAGGCUACCCGCGCUACAUUGGCAUGGACUUCUUUGGCUGCAGGAGCAUCUGAGGGGAAUGCUCCGUGCGGCUGGACUCUUCGACUCUCAGGAAAACCGCACUCACUUCCUCAGACGCGCCGCCAUGUUGGAUUUUGCACAGGAGGACCGGAACCCACAGAUAGACCUGGGAUUUACACAGAAGCAGAAGGGAUUUGUUGUGCUUUAGUUCUGGAUAUGGUUCACCUCCCAGACCUACCAUGAUGUUCCACAGCCGGAGCGGGCGACAAUGGAGAGCAUGUCGGAGAAAAGAGUGUUUCAAAAGGACAAAUCUUUGAUGUUCCAAAUCACAGCCAAGGUUCUGAAAUGAUUUCAACAUUUGCAGCAAACUCAGCUCUCAGAGCUCAAACAUCCCAAAUCUAAUUUUAAAAGCCCAGAACAUGUCAGGAAUGGAGCGCGAUCAGUCAGUAGAUUCGGCCGACAACUUACAACAGCAGGAUCAGAGUGAAAUUAGUCCCGGAAAACCUUGAAUUGUCGCGACAUUGCUACGAAAGACUGAAGCGUGAAAUGCACCGUUCAUUAAAGACAUGAGCAAUUGGCUGAUAUUAGAAGCGCUUCAACUGUUCUAGUGCAUUAUGGAACUAGUAGUCGCUCAGCAGAUGACAUGCUUUUCUUAAAAUGUCACGACCUCUGACCUCCAUCUGGUGCUAUUUCUCCACCCGACUGAGGAGCCUCAGGGGCGUCACUGACCUCAGAUCUGCCAGCUUCACUUCCUGUUUACGUUUUGGUCGGGUUAAAAACGGAAUGAUUAUUUCAACUAUUAACCCAAAGUCGUCUAAAUGAAUUUGACACACUUGAUAUUUUUAAUUUAUUUGGGGAUGAUUGGUUUAAAUCUGUGCAGAAGAGAUCAGUGCCUCCCGGGUACUGGCCAGUAUCUGGCAGUGAUUCCGCACAGACCCUUGCCCACUGGCGCUGGUCUGUACCCAGUACCAGUCCCCGGACCGUUGCUGGACCAACCCCACCGCUGGUCCGGUCCGGCCCACACCCUCCCGAGUGACCGGUGUGAACAUGAAGACAGUAGUUAGCAGUGCCGGACACUGACCUGCGAUACUUCCCACCACUCAUUUGUGUAUUUAUACGUUGACGGUGCAGUGUUGUACAUGCCAGUGUGUUUGUUGUUUAAUCACAGCUCCGUUGAUUCUCUUUGUA